AUGAGUUUACAAACUCAUGACACCUUUGGGCUACCCGACUUAAUAAAAAAUUCCCGCCUGAUGAUGAGGCUAUUCCCUGUCAUUGAUGGUGAAUUGUUCGAGAAAAUCUUGCUCUCGGCUUAUCGACAGCCAUCGAAUAACUUCCAAUUUGGACAAGCUAGCAUUCGAGCUUGUAUCAUCGCGUUCCUUGCCUUUGCCGCUCGCUUGCCGCUCGUACAAGCCCACGUGAAGACCUCAAUAACCACUCCCCUCGACCAUGAUAACAUGGCUAUUAGGGCCCGAAUUUACUCUCUCAGGUACUGCAGGAACCGGCAUCCUUGGAGAGUACAGGCAGUAACUAUGCUACUGUGUGAACUAUCAUCUGGAAAUAUGAGAGCAACGAACUACUUUGCUGCGGUUGCGGCGCGAUUAGUCUUUAUGCUUGGGGCAAAUGUGGUGGAUGUCCGAAUGAACUCAAGUCUGUGCGGCAAAAAAAGACAUCCAUUACUGCGAAAUAUUUUCUGGAUUUGCUACACUUUCUAUUCCAGCCAUUGCUACAUUGCUACAAUGGAGACGCGUGAGAUAUUGGCCCGUACGGGGCACCUGCAGUCUGAACAUGGUGAUGUAGAACAUAUCAUUGACAAGGAUGUGGCGCUUCGCAUCCGACAGCCACCUACCAUUGCCGAUGAGAAUUUCGACUUGACUCUUCCACCGGGCUGUAUAGAUCAAGCUCGCCAAGAUGUCGAAAGGGAAGAUGUACACUUCGACCAGCCCGCAUCCGAUCCUAACAUCAGUAUGCAUUCGGUCAUGUUACGACUCAAUUACUACCCAUGUAUAAGCAUCAUUCACCGGGCGAGCAGUCGAUGUAAGGCAUGGCAGGAAGGAACCGGCAUGACGUACGAGGUCAGCUCCAGUCUAGCGCUAUCAGUGGAAGCUAGUCGCUCGGCCCUUUGCUAUUUGCAAGCUGCAGAGCACGUCCCGGAUGAUGGAACCUUCUGGUAUAUGUCCAUUCCCCUAAUCUCAAGUGGCGUCCUUGAUCUUGACCAUUAUCUGUCUAGGACUUUGAUCUUCUACCCCGUCUCUGCUCUUCUGUCCAUUUUCUGCAGCAUCCUUCAAAAUCUACUAGAUCCCCACUCACUCACAAAAUGGCUUCACGCAUGA